CUAGAACACAAGAUGUCUUGGCAAGCUUACCCAGAUAACCUCGUUGCCACCGGAAAGAUCGACAAGGCCGCCUUAUACUCCAGAGUUGGAGACUCCUUGUGGGCUCAAAGUGGCGGGUUCCAACUUAACGCUAAUGAAAUCACCGAGAUUGCCAGAGGUUUUGAUGACCCAUCAAACUUACAAUCGCACGGUUUGCAUGUCUUACAACAAAAGUACUUUUUGUUGAGAGCUGACGACAGAUCUAUCUACGGUAAGCAUGAAGCCGAGGGUAUUAUUGCCGUUAGAACCAAGCAAGCGAUUUUGGUUGCGCACUACCCAUCAGGUGUCGUUGCAGGAGAAGCUACCACUAUUGUUGAAAAGCUUGCUGAUUAUUUGAUUGGUCUUAGUUAUUAGGUAGAGAGGAAACAUAAUCAAUUUAUACAUGAUAUUAUAAUAGUA